AUAGACAAAACUUCAAAAAGUUUUUUUUUUAUUCCUUUCCAUAGGUUGACGUUGUUUCAUAUAUAUUCAAGGAAACCGUUGUUUCUAGUCUGAUGAGCCAACACCCUUAGAAGGUGAACAUACUACGCCAAAUACUCAUUACAAGAACCGUUAACUUCGCUUAAGGAAGAAAAUCUUCUUGUUCUUAUUAUUAUUAUUUUUUUUUCCAGCUUCACCAUAUUUAUUACGUUGCUCAACAACAUUAUUUAUUAAGUCGCCAUGGUAUUCUCUACAUUUGUGAAGCAUGCCAAGGCGCAUACAUCUACCACCAAACCUCAGUUUUUCGAGAGUUCAUACCCAUAUCUUCGAUACUCAAAUGGUCUUGUAAAUUUCGAAAACUAUUUCCACAAGACCGCAUUUGGUAAUGGAGGUCCACACCCAUCAACCACCUCAGAUCAUUUUUUUCUGAUCGAUUCAGGUCAUUAUGGCCUCUACUUCACUAUGUUCAACUAUGAUGCUGAUCGUAAGACUAAAAUCUACCCAGUGAAUUAUGAAGAAUAUUAUGAAAAUAUGGGUCAAGGUCAAAAGGAAGAUGAUAUUGCUGUUGCACAAUGGGAAUCAUUUUUCAUUCUGAAAGUAUCAAGAGAAACUUUUGAUAACGUUAAAUUAUUACAAAGAGUAUCUCAAAAGUUUUUAUCAUCUCCUCAUAAAUCCAAAUUAGCACAAUAUCAAACCAAGAGAUUUUUUUCAACCACCAAAAAGACAGAUCCUGAACCAAUAGAAGAAGUAAAGGUCAAUACCAAACAGGAAGUUAAACCCACCCAGGAAUCAGAAAUUAUAGAAGAUGACUUUGAAACGAAAUUAUUAACUUCUCAAGUUCAAAGUAUACAAGAAAAUUUCGAAUCGAAUGAUCCAAUUAAACUUAAUUCCAUUUUCCCAAUAUAUCAAAGCAUUACCAGAAAUGGAUUAAACCUUCCAAAUAUCGAAUUAUACAAUAUGGUUCUUGCAUCUAUUGUCAAUCGUACUUGUGACAAUGAUUUAAUUCACAUGUCUUUAGAAGAUAUUGAGUUAAGGUUAACUAAUUUGUUGACCAUCUACCAAGAUAUUCUUUCUCUCCCUCACGUCAAGCCAGACGUUGUUAGUUUUGACAUUGUGCUUCAAGGACUUUUAGAGGGAAGUCGUCAAAGCAUUCAACUUUUCGUCCUGGAUAAAAAUCCUCAAAAUAUCACUAAUGAUGCGUUUAACAAGAGUCAAGAAUUUAUUAAGAUUGGUUCUGAUUUAUUCAUGUGUGUUGGUACAGCUGACAAUUUCAAUGAAUUUAAAAAUUUGAAUAACAUUUUAGUAAAUCUUGUUGCAUGUUUGAAUGUUCACCCUAAUAUGAUCACCAAGGAACUUUUCCAAAAAAUCUUGAUUGCCUUGAAAUCCAGUGGCUCCAUAGAUAAUGUUGAAUUCUACUUGGGAUUUUUAGGCGUUUGUAAUUAUCUUAAAUCAAAUGGAAUUAUUGAAUCUAAAGAAGAAUCAUAUCAAGUUAUUCAUGAAAUUUUCACUUCCUAUCAGAAACAAGCCCAGGGUCAAGAGGAAUUUAUUGAAUCCGAAUACUUCGUAUAUGCUUCCUUAGUUCAGGCUUUGAUUUUGAAUGAUAAUUUUGCAAUUGCAACUAAAUUUGUCGACGAUAUUAUGAAAGAUUACAGAGAACUGUUGGAACUUCGUGAAGAUAGAUUUGAUACAGAUCUUCCUACUAAAUUCCAAAUUUCGACCUUACUUACCACCUAUAUCAAGACCCUUAUGACCUACAAGGGUAAGGAUGAACUGAAGGAUAGUUUAAUGGAGGCUUAUCAUCUACUUCAAAAAUUUAACGAGCUGGCCUAUGUUCCUGAGCUUGGAGUAGAUCUUUACAAUGAUAUGAUUUCCAAUUUUGUCUUGAGAUAUAGACAAUUGGAAAACGAUAAAUUGAUUGCCGGAGCUAACCUUCAAUUUAUUACAAAAGUGCAACAAGACAUUUACCAUACAAUGUGGGGAUUAUACUCUUAUGUUGCUAUUAGAAAGGAUUAUCACCAAGUUGUUAUUCCUAGCAUAAGUAUGAUGUCCAUUGUGUUAAAUGAUAGAUUUAUUACCAAUUCUAGAGAGCUCUUACUCUGUUUGAGUAUUGAUAUUGGCGAUCAUGAGAAAACUUUUAUGAUCAUCAAGGAAUUGAUUCUUAAGAAUCAUUUCGUGAAAGAUUUCAAUAUUUAUCGUAAAAUGUUAUCCUAUUUAUACAAUGGAUCAUAUUACGACAAUAAGAUCAAUUCCUACUAUUUAGAAUUGAUGUGGAGUAUUAUUGAAGCACAAUCCUCUCAUUAUACCAAGAAUUCAACCACACUUAACUUUUACAUGAGUGGGGUUGCUCAAUUUUUAACCUUUAAGCUUGAUGAUAUUACUUCAAAAUCUUUAUGCGGAAGUUUGAUCUUGAAAUCUCAAUUUGUCUCUAAAUGUUACCAAGAUUUCAGAUUACAAUCUGACAAUAUUUAUGGACUUAUGAACCUUUCAAGAUCCUUGAUUGACUAUUCAAAUCAAUUAUUAAGCAAAACAGUCAAGUCCGAAGUUGACCGUAGGUCUUUGGAAAGAAUUACUGUUGUACAUGCUAAAUUAAUUAAUGAACUUGAAGACACUGAAAAUUAUUACUUAGAACUUUCAAACGAAAUCAAGGAAUUCAAAUCUCUUUUGAAUGAAAACUUUACUUUGAUGAUGAAACAUCACCAUGCAUUGGAUGCCAAACUCCCAUUGGAAGUAAUCGAAGCCUGCAAAGCAUUGAACUUGGAUUUCGGAAUUUCUGAAGAAGCUCAAGGUUUGAGUCUGACCUUGAAUCUUUCUUAUGAGUUGAAUGUAAACUACCAUGUGGGUGUUGAACUGUUCAUCAAUUACCUUCAAAAGGGGUACUCAUUCGAUUACAAUACUUGGGACAUCUUGAUUAAUACUAACUUUGUUUCAGAAAUUUUACAAGCUAAUAAUGAAGUUAGAAUUCAAGCAUUUGUUCUCAGGUUAUGUAUGCUGCUUGAAAAGGAAGAAUCUUCACAAUUAUUAAGUAAAUUAAUUUUGAUUAAUAAUGACAAGGUUAACAUCGAAUUGUUUAAAUUCUUUGUUUCUCUGCAAGAUUUUGAUUUUAACAAUAGUAUUAUUAAGAGUAUUUUGAAAUCAUGGAUGGGAUCUGAAAAUAAAUAUUUACUGAACUUAAUGAUUGAUAAUUAUGAAUUAUUGAAAAAUAAGUCUACAGAUUCUAAAAUUUUCAUUAGAGAAUUUUUGAGAGGCUUAAAUAUUCAUUCAAAUCAUCAAACAGUAUUGAAGUUUUAUCAAAAGGAACAAAGCUUCUAUGAUAGAUUGAAUGCAAAGAAUCCAAUUGACUUGUCUAUCAUGGAAAGUGUAUUUGAGGCCUACCUUGAAUCCGGUGAAAUGGAGACAUUCAAUACCAAAUUUAGAGAAUUUUUCCAAGGAACUGGAGUUAAAGGAGGAUCUCGUAUCAGAGAUUUGUUAAUCAAAUACUUCACUUACAGUGGAUCUUAUAAUGCCGUAUUGACUAAAUUUGAAAACAGUCUUUACAAAUUAUCAUCCAGAGGAAGAGAAAUUGUCUUCUUCAACAUAUUCAUGAAAUCAUUAGAGGAAUCUGAAAUUAAUUCGAAGUCAGUUUCUCUGAACAACAUUAAGGAAAUAACCUAUUGUCUUCUUUCAGGGAAAAACUUGACGAAUAUGAAGUCUAUUUACGAUUCCAAUCAUAAAUUCAUCAAAUAUAAUAGAGAUGAUGUGAUUAAUGAAGCAUUUAAUGCAUUUAUUGCCGCUGGAACUCUUAAUACUAAGUUUAAUCCAACUUGGAAUGAUGCCUUAUACGUUAGAUUUCAAACUUUUUUGAGUUUCCUUAAAAUGAUUGAUUUUACAAAGCUUUCAUCUACUCACUUGGUGAAAGUGAUUGAAUUCUAUUCACUUUUGAAUAAGAAUGAAUUAGUGAAUAUUCUUUUGAACAAAGUUGCCUACUCCUCAGAUUCAGGGACCUACAAUAUCUCACCAGUUUUAGAUUAUUAUUUUUUCGAGAUUUCGUUGUUCAAUGCUACCAAGAACGAAAUUACAAACAUACUCCAAACAUUUUAUGGUGUGUUUGCUACAGCUAAAGACUUAGCAAACAAAGCCAUAAUUAACGAUUUAUGCGUGCACUACCAAGUUGCACUCAACGAAGACAAACCAUUAGAAAUGACAGUACAUAUUUAAAUAUUUUAUGAGAAUUUAACGAACAUAUAUAUAUAUACUAUACU